ACAGCAUGUGAGAGCCCUCCUGAGCACAUCAGUUACACCAGAUGCAACUGCUGUAAGGAAGCAAAAGAAACAUUUUCUGAAACCGCGAAGCUUUUUUAGAGCAAGAUGGAGAACCCACUUCUUUUGUUCCCCCAUCUAAACAAUUCUGCUUCAAAGGAUAAAUCCUAUUACAAACUCGUGAAAUCAACAAUUAAAGAAGAGCCACAUAAGGCAAGCAAACCUGGAGCUAAACAGAAGAGAAAUAGGCUGAGCCUUCUCCUGCAGAAAUCUGAAUUCCAUGAAGGUGAUCAUCUUGGUAAACCUGGAAACUUGACAAAAGCAGCCAGUGUGUCUCCUGAAGAAGCAGUGAAAUGGGGAGAAUCUUUUGACAAACUGCUUUCUGAGAAAGCUGGAUUGGAUGCCUUUACGAAGUUUCUGAAAACUGAGUUCAGUGAGGAGAACAUUGAGUUCUGGAUAGCUUGUGAGGAUUACAAGAAAAGUAAAACUGCACAUGAACUUUUGCCAAAAGCAAAGACCAUUUACGAAACAUUCAUACAGAAAGAUGCUCCGAAGGAGGUGAAUCUGGACUUUCACACCAAAGAAGUCACAAGUCAGAACAUUGAACAUCCCAUCAUCACCACCUUUGAUGCUGCACAAAACACAGUCUACAGGCUGAUGGAGCAAGACAGCUACCCACGCUUCCUAAGAUCUGAUCCAUAUUUAAAUUUGGUUAAGGGGAGAAAUCCCGGUCGUCCUACCCUUAGGAGACGAUCACGGUCUUUUACUGUCAAUGAUUUCCAGGGUGUACGACCAGACUUUCAUGUUUGGUAACAGGGAAACUCAACCCUCAUAAAUUCUAGCUACUGCAGCAACUCAUAUGUGUUUUAAAAUCCAAAUCCUUAGUAGGUGCAAAUGAGUGGAAAGCAAAGUUACAUGCAUUUAUAUCAGGUCAGAGUUCUGUAGCCGGUGAUUAAUCUCAUUUAUUAUAG